AUGUUAAUAACUAGGCACUCUGAAAGAAUGAACAGAAUUUGCCUAAACGUCCUGAUAGGAAUUCCGGCGUCCGGGAAGACGACUUACUGUGCACAGAUUGAGAAAGCAGCCUCCGACCAGUUUAGUGUAGUGCACGUGUGCUACGAUACCUAUGUUCCCAUCGACACCCAGUACGAUCAGUUUCGCGAUGAGGCGGGAUCGUAUAAGCGACAUCGGCAGCAACUUUUAUCCUCCGUUGAGGCGAUCAUCCUUUCGAUUCUCGGCAGUGAUCGCCAAACCUUGGAACGACUGCUACAGGAUUGGAUUCGUGAGUUCAAGCAGCCGUUGAAACUACCUAACACUUUGUUGAAUUCCAAAGAUUACCUUUUCCUCAUCGACGAUAACAUGUACUACAGAAGUAUGCGAAUGGAGUGGCUACAGGUGGCCCGUAGACGUUCGUUGGGUUUCUUUGAAACGUUCUUCAAUGUUCCGCUAGAGCUUGCACUCCGGAGAAACCAAUCAAGGGAGCGGUCCGUUCCGGAGGAGACAAUAAGGCGUAUGUGGAUGCGACUGGAGAAACCCUGUGGGGAGAUGUAUGGCUGGGAGAAGAAAAGCAUUUCGAUCGAAGGGACCUUAGACGACUUGAGUGAAGUACUUUCAAUGGUCAGUCACAGCUUCGAAAAACCAGAAAAAAUGAUCGAUGCGCCCUCGUCAUCUACUCCGAUGGAACAGUCGGUAAUUCAUCAGAUAGAUCUUCUGCUACGAAAGGCCAUCUCCGAGCGGAUGGCCACAGCCAAGAGCUCCAUGUCCAAAUCCGAUUUACGUGCUUUUGCUGCCGUGCUACAAGAACGGAAGCUGGACUUGCUGAAAAGAUUGAGAAACGGUGGUGAGGUAAUUGCGGAGGACAGGGUCCAGUUUGUGGCGGAUGCUUUGCUUUAAGUUUGUGUAGCUUUAGAAACCGAACUAAUAAACAGAAUUAUAGUCACCCUA